AAAUAUCACUUAAUGUGAAAGUCAAUCCUUUUAGAGUCAAUGGAACAUCAACUUGCACCCAUUCUUUCUGAAAUCCCUCCGACAGUGCCAGUUAUCAAUGGAGAUCCCAUGUACCCUAUAGAGUCUCACCUUCUGGAUCCCAGUACCAUGGCUGCAUAUACUAGUUACCCACAGAUCGUGACUCAGCCCAAGAUGCCUUCUUGUCCCCAAUACUGGAAUCAUAUUGUAUUCGUUCACGUUAACCCUGGAGAGAUCCUUACCAUAAAGGCUGAUGACGGGUCCAUUCAAAACAUUCAAGGUCCUGCUGACGUACCUCUCAUAGCACCAACUGGUAAUUUGCCACCAAUAUACCUUCCUCCUGGUUACAUAUCUCAGGUGGUGGAAGAAAACGGAAUUGAAAAAAUUAUCAUCGUGCCUCAGACACUUGACUGUCACGUGCCUCUGGUAGCUCCUGUGCAACAGCCCUGCAUAACAACACCAUCACUCACGUACUCACAGCCCUCUCAACUUCUGUAUCCCCCAACUCAGGUGGAAUUUCCAAUAGCUUUCAUCCAAGACGCUGUUCCACAGCCGCUGCCACCACCUCCACCACUACCGCCACUGCCACUGCUACCACCACCGACAUCAUUUCUAUACCAGGAGCAUCUCGAAACCUAUCCUCCCGGAAGAGCACAUCACAACCAAUUUGACGAAAAAACUAUUAAAAUGGGAGACUAUUCAAGGAAGAAAAUGAGAGAUCGCCAAUUUGGUGACCAGAAGACUAGCUCCACGCUUAAUGACACCCCCUUGCUCCUGAACAAAGCCGCUGACGUGUCUGGUACUUCUGGUACUCUCUGUCCUUAUACUGUGGCUACUGCUCCAGUCACUCACACUGAUAACACCACUUCAGACACUUCCACGACUGACAAUACUCCAAGAAACAGCAUGGUUGACAGUCCUCCAGGCAUUAGCAGUAUUGACAAAAUCACUAGUUCCUCUGACCAUGCCCCUAGCACUUCUACCUCAAACACUACUUUUUGCUCUGACAUCAAUAACAGCCCUCCAGGCCCUUCCAGAAGUAGUUGCAAUCCAGACACCUCUUAUAAAACUCACAAAUCAUCGGAUACUUACAGUUCUCCGAGCUAUGCUUCCAAGAAUGCACACAACACUUCCAUCUCUGACAAUGCUCAUAUCCCCUCUUCGAUUAAUAAUGCUCUCAGACCUUCUGGUGCUGCCAACAUUUCCAACAAUACCGGGGCUUAUACUGAAAACAGUCAUGGAAAGAGAGAGAAUAAUAUGGGAGGUGGAGACAAUAAGCAAGUAUCAGGUGGAAAACAAAAGAAGAGUCAGUCGUCAAAUGCAGCUCUAAAAGAACACAAUGUAGAAUGCAGAACACAGCCAUGCUCUUUCAACAUUGAAAAACCUGUGGUUUCUAAUAUUCAAACAAGAUCUGCUACUGUUUCAUGGACUCUGAAUAGUACUGAAAUACAUGAUACUAAUUCUCCUAUGACAUUUGAAUUGGCACUGUCUAGCAAUGGUAAAAAUGGAAUCUAUAAAAAAAUUUAUACUGGUGAUGAAGUUACUGUACCUCUACAUGAUCUACAACCUUGCAAGGUCUACUUUUUAAGAGUUACAAUCAUAAAAGACGCAGAACACAGAAGCGUGUCUGAAGUGGUUAGCUUUACAACACCAGGCUGUGAACCAGACGCUCCUCUUGCACCCACACUGAUUAACAGAACCAAGAACAGCUUGAAUUUACAAUGGAAAGGUUGCAAUGAUAAUGGAUCCAAAAUAAGUGGCUUUCUUUUGGAAUGGGAUGAGGGUAAAGGUGAAGACUUCAAAAGCUGUUACACCGGGCCCAUGAAACAGCACAAGAUCUGUAAACUGAGUGCUUCUACAAAGUAUUCAUUCAGAUUAGCUGCCAAAAAUAACUUCGGCUUCAGUAAUUUCAGUGAAAUAGCAGUCUUCUAUACAUCAGGAAACACACCUCCAGCACCACUGCCACCUAAGUUGAAAGAAGCAGGAGCCCACAGUUUGUCGCUAGAAUGGUGUGCGCCAACAAACCCAAACCCAAAUGACACUCUUACUUAUGUGCUAGAGAUGGAGGAAGCAAAAUCUAAAUUGGGUUUUAAACCUAAAUACAAUGGAGAAGACCUCUCCUGCACACUAAGAAAUCUUCAGAGAAAUACUACAUACAAGUUUCGGAUUUUUGCCUACAAUCUGGAAGGAAGAAGCAAUUCCAGUGGAGAAGUGAAAUACAGUACUCGUCCAGCUAGGCCUGGAUGCCCUAAAAAUCUGUAUGUGGUGGGAGCAAUCCAUGCACACCAAGUGAAAAUUGGAUGGGAUUCACCCAAAGAUAAUGGUGGAGCGAACAUUUCAAGUUACAUCUUAGAAGUUAAUCAAAAUUCAGAUGAUGCGAAUCUCUGGAACAUAAUCUACAAAGGCACUCUACAGGAAUUUCUGUAUGAUAACCUCCAACCAGACACCACAUAUAAACUGAGAGUCUUUUGCGUUUCACCUGAAGGACAAAGCCAGCCUUCAGAUGUUUUGACAAUUCAGACACCAACUCUUCCUCCUGAGUCUUGUCAACCACUGCCCUUAAAUGGCAAAACCAAACGCAAGAAGGCCAACCUUCUCGUUGGCAAUCGCUCUGUUAAUGGGAACUUGGAAACACUUGUGUGUGGCAAAAAAGGAAAUGGUUCUCAACAUGACAAAAAGGAGUGCCCCAGCUCUGAAAAGAAGUGUGCACUUGGAUCUCAUUCAACGAAGUGUGGAGCUGUCCCCGCCCGGCACCCUCCUUCUCAGUGUGGUACACCUGUGCUAACCUGCAAGGGUCCAACCUGUGUUAUUGUCAGUUGGGAAAUGCCUAAAUGCAAUGGCGCUGAAAUCACUGAUUACCGACUGCAGUGGGGGCAGGCUAAAGAUUCCAUGCAUUUCCUCUAUACUGGCCCUUGUUUGCGCUAUGAAGUUAAAGGUCUUAUUCCAGCAACCACAUAUUUUUGCAGAGUGCAGGCUGUAAAUAUAGUUGGGGUUGGAAUGUUUGGAGGAACUGAAAAAGUAACUACACCUGCAACUGUACCAGCAGUAGUUCCAAUGUUACAAGAAGUUGAAAACAAAUUGCCUGCCAAAAUGUCAUCAACUUGCAUAGCUAUCGAGUGGGAGGAGCCAGACUGCCAUGGCUCUCCAAUCACAGGAUAUAACAUUGAAUAUGGAGAUAAAAAAAUAUUAACUGUUGAUAGAGUAACAGAAUAUGUCCUGAAAAAUUUACAACCUAAUACUACAUACAGAAUAAGGAUUCAAGCUAUCAAUCAUUAUGGACUAAGCCCUUUUAGCCCAUCAAUAAGAAGCAAAACCAAACCACUACCACCAGACCCUCCACACCUUGAUUGUGUUGUCUAUGGAAACCAUAGUCUCAGACUCAAAUGGGGCACUCCCUCAAGCAAAAAACCAUUUGCCAACUUAAUAAGCUACAACUUAUUAAUGGAAGAUCGAUCUGGCAGAUUUUCUAUCAUUUACUAUGGGACUGAUCUAACUCACAAAGUGCAAAAAUUAAGUGAAUAUAAAAAAUACAAGUUUAAAAUCCAGGCAUGUAAUGAAGCUGGUGAGGGACCAGAGUCUGGCAUCUACACAUUCACUACUACAAAAACCCCACCUGGUGCACUUAAAGCACCUAAAUUUCAUCCACUGAGUAACAACAGUUGUGAGAUCAAAUGGGAUUCCAUGAAUCCAAUUAAAGGUGAUCCCAUUGUUUACUGUCUUCAAGUCACCAAUGGGAAAAAAGCUGAACAGAUUUACAAAGGGCCGAACACUUCCUUUUCCUUUUCCAACUAUCUUGCCAAUACACGAUAUCGCUUCAAGGUCUGUGCUGGACGCCAAUAUGAAGAUGCCGAUGGUAUACAAGAGCUCUGGGGGCCAUAUAGCCCCAGCACACUUUUCUCAACUUACAAGCAUCAGUCUGGGCACGGCAAAGGCAGUGGAGGUAAAGGGAAAGGGCACCACAGCGAGAAAGAUGAAAAGUACAAGGCAGAGAUGAGUGACGAUACCUUUGUCCUGAUCCUUCUGGUCGGAUUUGCACUUAUUGCUGUUUUGUGUGCUGUUGCAAUUCAGUACUUCCUGAUCAACUAGCCUAUCCUUUUAGGA